AUGCAGCGCAGGGCAGUGUCUCGGCUUGCCUCCCUGGCCUCUCGGGCCAUUGGCUCGGGACCCAAAGACUUGGCGUGCGCCAGGUUCAUCCCAGCCCUAGGAUGCCUGGAUAAGUGCGUACAGAGUGGGUGGAUCGGAAACACCCUGGCCCCCACGGUGGGCCCGACGCCCAGGUCGUUCGCCAGUGAGGCUGACCAGGACUAUGCCACCGUCUUCUACCCUGAGGUGGAGGCCGAGGUUGGAGGCCUGGCCCCAGAAUUCUCCGCUGUGGUGGAUGGGGAGAUCAAGGACAUUAGCCUGUCAGACUACAAGGGCAAGUAUGUGAUCCUGUUCUGGUACCCCAAGGACUUCACCUUUGUGUGCCCCACUGAGAUCAUCGCCUUCAGCGACCGCGCCAAGGAGUUCCAGGGCCUGAAUGCCCAGCUCAUUGCCGCGUCAACAGACACCCCAGAGGUGCACCUGGCCUGGAUCAAGACCCCGCGCAAGAGGGGUGGACUGGGGUACAUGCAGAUUCCCAUCCUGGCGGACGUGACAAAGUCCAUCGCCGCCCGGUACGGCGUUCUGAAGCGGGACGCCGGCAUUGCGCUGCGUGGCCUCUACAUCAUCAACCCAGAGGGAGUGAUCGAGCACAUCACCAUGAAUAACUUCCCCAUCGGGCGCAAUGUGGACGAGGCCAAGCGCACCCUGCAGGCGAGCUGCAUGGCGGAAGGGGAGGGGGUGGCCAUCCAGUUUGUGGCCGAGCACGGCGAGGUGUGCCCCGCCAACUGGACGCCAGGCGGUGCCACCAUGCACGCCGAUCCCGAGAAGUCGCUGGAGUACUUUGCGACUGCUGAGGAGUCAGGAGAUGAUGAUGAGGAGACGUCCAGCCUGGUGCACGUCACCAACAAGAAGCAGUAUGAGAAGGAGGUGUCCUCCGGCAAGGUGGCUGUUAAGUUUUGGGCACCCUGGUGUGGCAAGUGCAAGAUGAUCUCUCCUUACGUUGAGGAGCUGCAGGAGACACACAAGGGCGUCAAGUUCCUGUCGUUUGAUACCACGGAGAAGCAGCUGGAGGGCCUGUCCACUGAGCUGGGAGUCAAGGCUCUGCCAGCCUUCAAGUUCUACAAGGAUGGGAAGGAGAUCAUCGACGCGGUGACUGGCUACAAGAAGGCGCCACUAGCUGCUGCAGUGAAGAAGCUGGAAGACCUGUAG